UUUGUCCACAUCUGUGGAGGAGUGUCCUGUAAGUGACCUUGAUCUAAACACACACACACACCAGCAGCAGUGUAUAAACUGAAGCAGGUCGCUGUAUUACAGCAGAUUUCCUCUGACUCUGACUGUGUGAUUGACUGAAGAGCGUCUGUGUCCAGUGUUGAGCAUGGCGUCGGUUCUGCAGAAGCUCAUCACUCCUCUGUCCAGCGGGCCGCUGGAGCCGCCGAGGAACAAGGUGACGGUGGUGGGUGUGGGACAGGUCGGCAUGGCCUGCGCCGUCAGCGUUCUGCUGCGGGAGCUGGCGGAUGAGCUGGCGCUGGUGGACGUCAUCGAGGACAGACUCAAGGGCGAGAUGAUGGACUUGCAGCACGGAAGCCUCUUCCUAAAGACGCCCAAGAUCGUCUCAGGCACAGAUUACUCUGUGACGGCUAACUCUCGUAUCGUGGUGGUGACGGCAGGCGUGCGUCAGCAGGAGGGCGAGAGCAGACUGAAUCUGGUGCAGAGAAACGUCAACAUCUUCAAACACAUCAUCCCGCAGAUCGUCAGAUACAGUCCCGACUGCAUCCUCAUCGUCGUGUCCAACCCAGUGGACGUAUUGACAUACGUGACCUGGAAGCUGAGCGGCCUGCCCAAGCACCGCGUCAUCGGCAGCGGGACCAACCUGGACUCGGCUCGCUUUCGGUAUCUGAUGGCCGAGAGGUUGGGCAUCCAUCCCAGCAGCUUCAACGGAUGGAUUCUGGGAGAACAUGGUGACUCCAGCGUUCCCGUCUGGAGUGGCACUAAUGUGGCAGGAGUCAGUCUGCAGAAACUCAAUCCAGACAUCGGCACAGACACGGACGCAGAGAACUGGAGAGAAACACACAAGAAAGUCGUGGACAGCGCCUAUGAGGUGAUCCGCCUGAAGGGCUACACUAACUGGGCCAUCGGGCUGAGCGUGGCCGACCUGACAGAGAGUCUCAUGAAGAACCUCAACCGAGUCCAUCCCGUUUCCACCAUGGUGAAGGGUUUGUACGGCAUCAGUGACGAGGUGUACCUGAGCCUGCCGUGCGUGUUGAACAGCGCUGGAGUGGGCAGCGUGGUCAACAUGAGCCUGACCAGUGACGAGGUCUCGCAGCUGAAGAAGAGCGCAGACAUGCUGUGGCACAUCCAGAAAGACCUGAAAGACCUGUAACGCUUACUCACAACCAAUGGCUAUUAUUCACAGCUUCGAACGUUUGAUUGCUGCUAUGACAAGACAUCCACGCCUAAGAUUUUUCUUUUAACCUCCUACUUGUAUUAUGUUCUUGAAAUCAUCUUUCAAUUGAUUUGGGGGUUUGAAUUUACGUAUAUAAAGGAGUAGUUCACCCAAAAAUGCAAUUUGCUGAAUAUUUACUCACCCUGAGGUCAUCCAAGAUGUGGAUUAGUUUGUUUCUUCAUAAGAUUUGGAGAAAUGUAGCAUUAGAUUACUUGCUUACCAGUGGAUGCUCUGCAGUGAAUGGGUGCCGUCAGAAUGAGAGUCCUACCAGCUGAUAAAAACAUCACAAUAAUCCACAAGUAAUCCAGUGAUUAUAAGACUUAAUGAUUGAUCUGUUUCUUACAAACACACAGUUUUUCACUUCUCCAGAUGUUAACUGUGGUGUGGAUUAUUGUGAUGUUUUUAUCAGCUGUUUGACUCUCAUUCUGACGGCACCCAUUCACUGCAGAGCAUCCAUUGGUGAGCAAGUGAUGCAAUGCUACAUUUCUCCAAAUCUGAUGAAGAAACAUAGCAAAUAUAGCAAAUACUAUACACUACAAAUCAAAGGUUUAGACACACUUGACAGAAUCCAUGAUUUGUGAUCUUAGAAAAUUCUCAAUCCAAAA